AUGGCCGACAAUCUUAAUUUCCACACAACGGAUAAGCAACAGUUUAAUGUAGUACCACCACCACCGUUAGAGACAGCUGAAAAAGAAGUACAAAGUCGUUUUGAACAAAGUUCAUCAAUUUGUCACUUUGAUGACUUGCCUGAGGUAACAGAAAAUGCCGUACGGGAAGCAUUGCGAAAUGAGGCCAAACGUCACAAAUACUGGAAAGCUAGUGCUGUCACAAAAAUGACAAUUAACCGGAUUGACAAUAGUGCCUGCUUGCAUUAUGCAAUGGAAAGCUUCACUGAAAUGCGAAGUACGAACAAAGCAGUAGAAGGUGUCACACUUGGACAGUUUUUGCAACAACAACAAAGUACGUCUGGCUCUCCGAAUGCAGGUUUAAAUCCAUGGGAUUAUGCGAUGGAUCCACCUGAAGAUUUCGUCGAACAGGUGAAAGUGUUGGAAAUGCCAGGCACAAGUGAGUUGAUGGCUUGUCAUUCUUGUAAUGCGGAAGGCCUGACACACUGCUUUCAUUGUCGUGGCUAUGGUACUGAUAAAUGCACCUGUUGUAGAGGAACGGGUAUGAAAGCAGGAGUUGCUCAUCCAGCUAUCUAUACUCAUCCAAUGGUUGCUGCCUUUCCCCAUUCGGAUUUGAGUCGAGGUUAUCCAAGUUCAGGUACUGCAGUCGUACGGCCUCCAUCAGGAGGUUUGGCAUAUGGCGUAGGUACACCAGUUCAUUUUAUGACUCGAGCUGGGGUUCCGCCGCCCGGUAUUGGCCAUCAUGACUUGUGCCACUUCUGUCAAGGUCGUGGUAUACGAGAAUGUUCUCGUUGCAAAGGACAUGGAAAGAAACCGUGCUCAGCAUGCGGCGGAAACGGCAGUAUACGGACUUACAUCAAACUACGAGUACAGUUCGCCGUUGAACACAGUGACUACUAUAGUCCUUGCGAAAUACCCGAGAAAAUGCUGUCAAAAGUUGGUGGGCAGGUGAUUAUGAGUGAAUGUCAGCCAUACAUCUUGCCUCUGAAAAAGUAUCCCGUACAGCAAAUCAAUGAAAUAAGCCGGCAGAUGUGUGCAGCACAUUUGCAAAAGUGCAUCGGUAGAUGUCGCAUAAUAAAGCAACGACAUCUCUUGGAAGCAAUCCCAGUGGCUAAAGUAUACUAUCAGCUUGGUUCACGUGAAGGAAUAUUUUGGAUAUACGGAGUUGAACAUUAUUGUUAUGUACCACAUUAUCCAUCGAAAUGUUCUCUGAUAUGA